CAGCCGCACUAGCAAGCCGACGAUGUCUGCGACUAACAUGCAACUGGUUUCUUCUUCCAUCUCGUAUUUCACGCUUCUCAGGAGUGUGAUCAGGUCGCUCACGGUGAUGAGCCUUCCUGAUAAUCCUUUGGUUUGGAAUUUUACUGCGGGAAGGCGCAACAAAGAUGCUGAUGUUGAAGGCCCAUUUUACGUGAUUGGUUCUCCGAGUAGGGAAAUAGAGAAAGGCAAGGCAAUCAUGGCGCCUAUCUCAAUGUUGAAAAAGUGCCGUCCGUUCCUCAUGACAGUACGUGUCGUCGCUCCAGAUGGUUCCCCAAUUCCAGGAGCGGUUCUCGACUGGUGGCAGGCCGACUCAUCCGGGGGCUACUAUUUCUGGACCUAUACUCUGCGCGGACGUGUUGCAACCGAUGAUCAGGGUUAUGCAGAGGUACUCACCGUUGUACCUGCUCCUUAUGGAGCCGGAUCAAUCAUGCGUGCGGGACACUUUCAUCUUUGGGUACAUGCACCUGCUGUACAAUCAGGACAACCUGCAUAUGAUGAUUUGACGACACAAAUUUACGUCUGUAACGCGAAUGAUGUGCAACUCCUGAAAUACGACUUCGUAAAUUACAUGCGAGGAAGCCGUGAAUGGAAUAUGACGAAGGCUUGGAGUAUCCCAGAUAAAGACGUCGACGAAGGAAGACCACUAGGGAAUUUCCCCGAACUUCUAUCCAAUGACGAGGAUUCGCGAAAGCGUGUUAACUGGUGGAACGUGAGGCUUGUGGAGAUGGGAGAGCCAGACUUGAAAGUUGCUGCUGGAGGUACUAGGGUGCUUCAUCUCAACCCAAAGGGAAAGUACUAUAAUUAAGCUCACAGUUCCAUUGUCUUUGCUUCCGUCUAAUUGAUUUGUUU